GGGAGGAGGAAGGAAGAUGGCGGUGGCGAGCCGAGGCGGGUUGCUGUGGCGGUGGCCUGCCGCGGGCCCGGGCCGGGCGAUGCGCCCUGUUUGCAGCAGCGGGCGGGUGGAGGCGCAAACGCUGCGGGCGGAGGAGCUGGCGGAGCGGCUGCGGAGGAGCGAGGAGGAGGAGGAGGGGAAGAAGAAGAAGCGAGAGAUCCCCAAAGACCCGGCGCAGAGGCGGGUCCGGGAACUUGCCGCGCUGAGCAAGUGGCUGCAGCAGGUUCACCCCAACGUCCUGGCCAAAGUGCUCAAGCAGGGAACUGUGUACCAAAACGAGGAGAUUGUGGUGAUCAACAAGCCCUACGGCCUUCCCGUGCACGGCGGCCCUGGGAUCAAGAAUUGUAUCGCUGACGUGCUGCCGAUUUUGGCCAAGAUGCUGGAGAACAUGAAAGCUGAACCCCUCCACCUCUGCCACCGCCUGGACAAAGAGACCACGGGUGUGAUGGUGCUGGCACGGAGCAAGGAGACAGCGGAUAGGAUCCGGUUUCUCUUCAAAACUCGUCAGGUGGAGAAGAUCUACUGGGCAAUCAGUCUGGGGGACCCAGACCCCGCCGAGGGCAUUGUGGAGAUUCCCAUCAUGGAGAAGGAGGUGCAGAGCCACCAGUCGCACUACAAGAUGACGCUGGCCCCCAACUACCGCCUGUCUCCGGAGGAUGGGAAGGUGGUGAAAAUCCGCAAGAACCGCAACGCCGAAAGCGCUGUGACGCGGUACCGCCUUCUGGCCAGCUCUUCUGCGUGCUCUCUGCUAGAGCUCCAGCCCAUCACGGGGGUGAAGCACCAGAUCCGGGUUCAUCUGGCCUUUGGCUUGGGGUGCCCCAUCCUGGGGGAUCACAAAUAUUCACACUGGAGCAAGCUGGCACCCCAGAAGCUUCCUGAAAUCACCUUGAAGAGGCUGAAGCUCGAGCAGAGCAAGGCUCGUCACCUCCCCCUCCACCUCCACGCCUACCGGCUCUCCCUGCCCCUGGGCAAGCGGAUAGACCUGGUCUGCAAGCCGCCGUUCUUCUUCCAGAACACCCUGAGGAAGCUGGAUUUGGACAUUGCUAAGGACUAACGAGGCAGGACAGGAGUGGUACUGUCUGUUUCCACGUCUCCAGCACGUAGUGCUGGAUCUGGCCACGCUGCAGUGGUGGGAUGAAGCCUACGGUCUGUGCCGCUUGCCAGAGAUCCCCUGUGUUGGUACCGAAGUUGCUGGCUUCAAACCAGGUACCUACCUGUGCUUCUUGCCCUGAUUUGGUGCAGAAAUGUGGCUGGGUGUGCUGAAGAGCCUCUUGUCUGGACAAACGAGGCUGGGUAGACACUGGGCUUUGCCUAAUCUGUGGUUUUUGAACUUGUCUCUGAGCAAUAAAAGAUGCAGUUCCUGCCAAGGUGAA